AUGGCCAGCGAAAAUGCAGAUACACCCAUGCGCUCAGAAGCCGACGACACAGAUACCUCGUCACGAUCAGGAAGCGACAGCGACUCCGAACAAGAAGAAGCCCCAGAACCAGAGGUAGAAUGGCUCGCGACCUCCCGAGCGAAGCGUUCCACGGCGGGGAAUCGACUCCAUGCCCUCAUUCAACAAGAAGAAGACGACGAGCUCGAGUUACUCUUCGAAGAGGCGGAGGAUGAUGGGGUAUUUGAAGAUAAUGACGCGGAUGAUGGGGAUGUACAGAUGGACUCUUCUUCGGACGAAGAUGAAGGACCGGCUGCGGGUGAUGAUAUGGAGGGGGAGAGGGAAUUACAAAAACAGGCCAAGGCAGAACAGAGGAAGAAGCGGAAAUUGAAUGAUGGCAUACCCAAGAUUUAUAAGAAGAAAGUCAAGAUUGAUCCUACGGCUUCGACUGUAGCUUCGCGCGCGUUGACUCAGGCUCCGAGACCGAAGAAGAAAUCUGAACGUGCUUCUUGGGUUCCGACCCCGGAGGAUGCGCCUACGAGAGCUUCUGCGAGAGGGACUACAAGGGAGAGCAAGGAAAAAUUGCAUCAGCAAAUGAUUGAGAGGGAGAUUAUGAGGCAGAAGCAGUUGAAGAGUAUGGAGAGGGCGGCGGCGUUGAAGAAGGCGAAUGAGAUGCCGCCUAUGACGCAAGAAGAUAGAUUGAGGGAGGCUGCAAAGGUGGAGAAGAGUAAUGCGAAGAGUCUUAAUAGAUGGCAAGAGAUGGAGUUGCAGAGGGAAGAGGAACAGAGAUUGAGGUUAGCGGCGUUACAGAAUCGAACUUUGGAGGGACCUGUUAUUACGUGGUGGAGUGGAAUGGCGGAGUGGGUGGGUGAUAGGUUGAAGAAGGCUGGCCAGACUUUGAUUACCGAAAAGGAAAUUAAAAAGGAAAUCAAAGGGAAGCCAACCAACAAGAGGAAAGCUGCAGAGAUGGAGGAUUCAAGCAAUUCGACAAUUGUUGUAGACCCACCAUCAGUAGCAUCAGUACCCGAAUCUCAAGGACCUUCCACGGGAUCUCCACCAACAAUUGUUUCAACACCAGAUCCAAAAGACCUGAUUGAUCCCCAAUUAUCGGCAGUGACGAUACCAAAACCAAUUUCAACUCCCUCAAAUUUACCGAUCGCAAACCUAGCAAUUGAGCCUCCUAGACAUAUAUCACCCAUUCUCGCCCCCCCUCGUCAACCUACGCCUCCAAAAGAACCAACUCCAGAUCCACCUCGAGUAUCAUCUGUUCUUGCUCCUCCUCCUAUGCAUGGACCUUACCCCCCCCCNUCUCGCCCCCCCUCGUCAACCUACGCCUCCAAAAGAACCAACUCCAGAUCCACCUCGAGUAUCAUCUGUUCUUGCUCCUCCUCCUAUGCAUGGACCUUACCCCCCCCCGCCAGAUGGUACCCCUCGCGUAUCUUCAGUCCUUGCUCCUCCACCUAUGCAUGGUCCUAUUCCACCUCCUCCAAUCCCAAAAGGAAUAUCACAAUUCUCUCCCUAUCCCCAUCCCCAUCAACAUCAACAUCAAGCCACUCCACCACAACCCCACUUCAAACUCGCACCCCCAAUUCAACCUCAUUUUGACGGCUCGACUCCUCUCCCAGGCUUUGGAUACAAUUUCCUGGCUCCCCAGAAUCUAGUCCAGGUACCUCAACCAGUAAUCGUACCAGUCCCGGCUCGAGAAGCAAUGCCCGCUCAGGUAUCAAUACCCGUACCUGUACGAGAACUAACCCCCCCUCCUCCGAAAAUGAUGAACACAGCAAUCGAAUACCUCAUCCUCAACAACUUCGACAAAGACGCCAUCAAAGAUAAAAACAUCCAAUGUCGAAUCCUCUUCGACCGUACCUUUGAGAGGAUACCUGGUACCUAUCCCUUCCUCCUACCCCCCUGCCCCUCCUCCUUUUCCCCCUUCAAUCCCUCACUAACCUCCUCCCCUUAUCCAGCCAGGAGAAAACCCGAGCUCUGUGUUAUCAACAUCCAAAAGAAAGCUCGAUACAGGGACCCCGCCACUGGCCUCCCGUAUUCUGAUAAAAUCGCCUAUGCGAAGAUUCAGGAGCUGAAACGCAAUGGGUUUUUUUGGAGUAAACUUGUUGGGGCUUUUGUGGGAAGGGGUGGGGAGGCUGCGAGGGGGGUGCCGGGGAGGUUUCUUAGGGAGGAGCAGGGGAAGGGGAAGGAGGGGGAGGGUGUUGGUGAGGGUGUUGGUGAAGUGGGGAAGGAGAAGGAGAAGGUUGUGGGGAUGACUACGACUACGACUACGACGUAG